UUAUUGGUUUAUGACAUGCGGAGUACUGUCGGUCGUUUUAAAUACUUUUAGUAAUUUAAUACGUCAAAAAUCAAAAUAAGUUUUCAACGCACAUCGAACUUCACUUGUGUAAUGCACAUAUUGUACUAAAAUACAUCAUUAUUACUUGUGAAAACUAAAAAUGGCAAAACCGUUGCAAAAGGAAAGAGAGAACAGGUCAGCGGAAAAGAAGGAUCUGACCUUCCAUCCGUACACCAUAACUCCUGAGAGUGCUCACACCUCGAUACUGCUGCUGGAGUCUACCGAACCUGAGAUACUGUGUCAGACAUUACGAGCAAUAACAAAGUUCUCUGCCCAAGACACGCAGAAUCGUUACAUCCUCUUCGACUUAGACGCAAUCCGUUACAUACUUCUGCAUAUAGAGCAUUCCGAGUUAAACAUCCGAAGGUUUGCUCUAAAGGCUUUAGCUCAACUUUGCCAGCUACCGCAAGGACCUGAGCAGGUCCUGGCUGACUCAGCCAAUCUAAGAAAGAUAGCAUUUAUGUUAGUUAAGGUGGAAGAUGUAUUCGUAUUGGAAUUUGCGUCGCUAGUCCUCUCGGAAUUGACGAGAGAACCACUCGGCUGCGAGCAACUGGUCUCAGCCAAUAUCUUGAGUACAUUGUUCUCGAGGAUGAAGAAUAGCUUAGACCCUGAUGUCCAGAAGAAUUGUCUUCAGACGCUCAGCAACCUGCUGGACGACCCUGUCUGCGCAUCCGAAGUCACGAAGAACCAACAGUUCAGUUGGCCGUCGCUGCUGGCGUUGAUGCAGAGCAAGUACUUGGCUAUCCAGCACGCGGCUCUCCGAACUGUGGAUCAGUUGAUAUGCAGAUACAAAGAUCUGGUUGUGCAGAAGACUUUCAGGGCUUCGACUGGAGUAUUGGAUCUUUGUGAUAUAUUGGAGUCCUAUGAAUUUCGGGAUGUUCACGCGCAAGUUCUUGGAGUCCUACGGGACUACGUGGAAACUGAGGAGAAUGCGUCUCAUCUGUACCAAUCUGGCUGUAUCCUCAGACUGUUGGCGUACUUGGAGAUGGCCUUGCCAGCCAUGAAGCCACACUGCCUGGCCGUUCUCACCAAGAUGUCUUUUACUUCAAAUGGGAGAGAUGCAUUGUACCAGACCGGGACUGAUAUGGUAUUCUGUCACCAACUCCUCAGCUCCAACGUUGAUUUGUUAGCGGAUGCGGCAAUGGGCGUUGCGAAUAUGACCAAACUCCUUCCGUCUGCCGUUCGCAUGUGUGAGACCAACAUUAUUGAGGCACUUUGUGCAAUAUUGAGUGACGACUCUGCGGCGUGGUUCUACGUGCGUAUGAAUGCGUUGCGCGCGCUGUCCGAGUUGUGUCGUAUCAUACCCCGGGCCGCUUCGAGUUUGGUCGAACCGAACACGUUCGCUGCACUUAGAAACAUCAAUGUCAAAUUCAAGGACAACCCGAUAGAAGCUCAGCGUUUGGCGGUACAGUGCUACAUAAAUCUCCAGAAUUAUCACGUUAGCACAAGAGCCAUGCUUAGCCCGGACUUCGUACUAGAACUUGUGAAUAUAUUGGAGCGCAUCGACAUCAGAUUGAAAAUAUUGACGUGUACGGCACUUACGGGUCUUAUGUCAGAAGAUCUUGCCAAAGACUUGUUCACGCUGAAGAAAGGUGAAGAGGUCGUGUCAAAUAACCUUCGUAUUGAACAUGUGGGCUUCCGAACAGCGCUCUGCAUUCUGAUCACGUCCAGCGUUACUGACGAAGGAGCCGAAAUAUAUUUACAACUAGGAACUUUGCACUACAUGAUUGAAAACAAAGCGGCUCGGUAUGUGGUGGGCGCGUGGGAGCCCGCCAUCGAAGCUAUAUUCCGACACCAUCCUUCAGCGAAGUUCGCUUACACCGGCACCCUGGAUAUCAAUGACUUUACUCAGGAAGGUUUCUACGUCCUCAAACGACUCACCAAACGAUUCCCGACCAUCCAAGAGGUGUUGCUGCAGAAGCCUCCGCCUCGGGAUCCUGUGCUCAUCGCCAUGUUCCUCCACCCUCAGUCGGACGGAAAUUCCUCAAUGGACAUACGGAUGCCUUAUCAGCGGUCGAGUUCCAAGCUCGCUGUUUCACCAUCAAGCGGUUUGUUUGCAUCCUUCCUACCUGAUGACGUCAAUUUGAGGUCGUAUUUGCUGAAACUACGGCUGUGGUUUGGGGAUCCAGCAAAAUCACUUCACUACAUCGAAAUAGAAGAUGCUCAUUAUGAAGUGAGGUAUCGGGAUAAAUGCGCUGAAGUGAGUUCGUCGCUGAAGCAGCGCGCUCAGUUGCUCGCGGAGUUUGUGGUCCAGCAGAUGAGCGGCCUCACCCAGGAGCGAGACUGCUCUAUGCCCAGCGUUGAGCUACACCUCGCCGAUCUGAUGGUGCUCGCUCAGGAUGUAAUCGAUAUUGCAGACAGAACUGAAGAGUCCCGUGGUGGGUGUGGGGUGGGUUCGUGUGGGGGGCCCGCUGGAGCGCGCGGUGCUGUACAAGGUGUUGUCGGAUCGCGUGGGGCUGCCGUGCGCUCUGAAGCGCGUCGCAUCGCACGCGUGGUGUGAAGUCGCCUUACCCGAAAUGGAUUCCGACAAUGAGGAGACCGAAGUGAGCUACCCUGCAGGUCUGCUGCGCUGUAACUACGUGGUGGAUUUGGUGUCGCAUCCCGGUCGGCUGUGGCCCCUGGACUCGUUGGAAGCGCAUCGGGUCCGCGGCACUAUUUGCCUCAAGCCUUGUAAUUUCCACGGACGAGAAUCUUGUUUAUGUCAGAAUUAAAUUUUGAUAAUACUGAAA